GCUCAGAUUGAAGAUACCACUGAAACAACUACAUCUUCUGCGCCUGCUUGUUGCCUCAGCCCUGAACGGGCUAAAGAGUACAUGAAAAACAUCAAGCGAUUUCGAAUCCUGAUUAUGGGCAGAGCGAACGCAGGUAAAACCACCAUCCUCCAAAGGGUCUGCAACUCCACAGCUGAGCCAGAGGUUUAUGAUGGGAAAGGAAACAAGAUUGAUGGUGUCGCUGUGCAAGGCACCUUGACACGUGGCUACCAUAAUAUUGAACAUGAGAUAUUAUUUCAGAGCAACCCAGGAUUUGUAUUCCAUGAUUCCUGUGGUUUUGAGGCUGGAAGUACACACCAGUAUGAUGAAAUGAAGAAGUUUGUGGUUGACCGUGCAACCACGAGGAAGGUGAAUGAGCGGAUCCAUGCCAUCUGGUUUUGCAUCCCAAUGGCUGAGUGCCACAGGACAGUGACUGCUGCUGAGGAAAAAUUCUUCAAUGAAUGUGACACAGGACAUGUUCCUCUGAUAGUGGUAUUGACAAAGGCAGACACUCUGAAUCUUGAUGCUGUUCAAGAACUUGAAGAUGAAGGCUUGGAGAUAGAAGAGGACAAAGUUGUAGAAAAGGAAAGAAAAUUGCUGGAAAAGUGGUGUGCACACAUAAAGGAUAUGCUUCACAAGUGCAACUUUCCACCUAGAGCAUAUGUGUCACUUCAAAAGAUGCAUGAACAGGAUGCAGACUGUACUACUUUGAUGCAGAGCACAGCAAAUUCUUUGAAUGAGGAAGGUUUACAAAAGCUGCUGAUAUCAACACAGCAGUCAAGUGUUGCACUAUGUGUUGAGUAUGCUGUACAGAAGACAUUGAAAAAAUGCAUGCAGCAGUACCCUCAGGGCAGAUUUGUGCUAGAUGUGAAAUUUUUUGAACAUGUUCUGAUGAGCUGGUUUCCAAAUUGUGAGAAAGUGAGUAGUUUCAUGAUGUGGUGGAUCUCUGCUGGUGUGGUGACUCACUUCUCUUCAUGUGGGUGCCAUGACAGUAUGUGAGUCGAGUGAGUGAUUUUGUGGCAUGUUCUGCUGGAUCUUUGCUAACUGGUACUGUCUUCAUGCUGGUGACAUCAUAACAGUAUG